AAGCCGGAAGUCGGUUUUAUUUUUCGGUUUGGCUCUACGUAGCUGGCCUCCUCGUUGUCAAGCGGGUUUGCAACGUUAAUUUAAUCGACACCUGCGACAACAACAAACAAUAUAAAGGAGGAUUUUGUUUGCACCGACGAUGACAGGAUGAACGUCGCUGAACCCCGGGCUUCCUGUUAACGUGUUUCUGACCUGACACGGUGGUGAUGUUGCCUCCCUCACAGAAACUGCCUGGCUCGGGCUGAGUUUUCGGUAUGACAGGAAUGAAGGCAUAUCUGCAACAAGUGUUGAUAACUGUUUUAAAAGUCAGCAUCUCAUUACCUUGCUAUCAAGAUUUCCCACACAGAUUUUCAAAUGAAAAUGGAGGAUAUGCCCCUGUCAGGCCCAGACAACACCAAGCUGGAGGCCUUGGUCCAUGACAUCUACUCUGAGCUGGUGGAAGAUGCCUGUUUGGGCCUGUGUUUUGAGGUACAUCGUGCCGUGAAACAGGGCUAUUUCUUCUUGGAUGAAACGGACCAAGAGAGCAUGAAGGAGUUUGAAAUUGUGGAUCAGCCAGGAGUGGACAUUUUUGGCCAAGUGUACAAUCAGUGGAAAAACAAAGAGUGCGAGUGCCCGAACUGCAAAAGAUUGAUCGCAGCUUCUCGCUUCGCCCCACACUUGGAGAAAUGUCUCGGCAUGGGACGCAACAGCAGUCGCAUCGCCAACCGCAGGCUGGCCAGCAAUAAUAACAUGAGCAAAUCAGAGAGUGAUCAGGAAGACAACGAUGACCUCAACGAUAACGACUGGUCGUACGGGGCAGAAAAAAAAACCAAGAAGAAAAAGUCAGAUAAGAAUCAAAAUUCUCCAAGACGAUCCAAAUCCAUAAAACAUAAAAAUGGUGAGCUUGGGAGCAGCGUCAGUUCAGAGCCUUACAAGUACAACUAUAACACCGGCAUCAGUUAUGAAACUUUAGGCCCUGAUGAAGUCAGAUCCCUUUUAACAACGCAAUGUGGGGUGAUCUCUGAGCACACCAAGAAGAUGUGCACCAGGUCUCAGCGAUGCCCCCAGCACACGGACGAACAGAGGAGGGCCGUCAGGGUGUUCCUCCUGGGGCCGUCCGCGCCGUCGCUGCCUGAUGCCGACGCCGCUGUGGAGAACGACAGCUUUGACAUUCCAGAUGGACAGACCUUGAUGAGCCGGCUGCAGUGGGAAGACUCCCCUGAUAUUUCACCCGCCGACUCCGCUUCGUCUAAAGCCAGCACCAACCAUUCAGAUUCUAGGAGACCCAAGAAAAAGAAGAGGACUUCUCUUGGUAUGAAUAGUGGAGGAGGAGGGGGAGGAGGAAGUCUGACUGGAGGCGGUGGUGGUGGCGGUGGCGGCAGCAGCAGCAGCAGCUCUCAGAGUAAUAUCAGCUUAUCGACCAAAAAAAAGAGGCCCAAACUCUCAGCACCUUCUAUUUCCAGUAUCUAUGAUGACUUAAAUUAACAUAAACCCUGUCUGUCAGACCAGUUCUUGCAUCCUCUAUGAAGUCCCUCCACUCAUACCUACAUUUACAGGCCUGGACAGGAUGGGACGACUUACUAAUUCAGCCUUGACAAAUCAGGCAGUUUAAUGAACGUUUGUUCUUCUGUAUUAUGAACACAGCUUUCUAAAAAAACUGUGGACGGUCACAGAGUCCAAUCAGAGUAUCUACAGGAACUCAUUGUGAAAACCCCACCCUAAAACAGACUUCACCUGCUGCUUAUUCGAGUGGUUUCGGUUCAACCACUGACGUUUCGUGGCUCACACAUGAGUUCAUUCCAAAGGUGUUGGAUGGGGGUUAAGAUCAGGGCUCUCUGCAGGUCAGUCAACUGGGAAAACAAUUUCUCUACGGCUUUUUGAAGCACACCAUUGGCUAAAACAUCAUUUAUUUACUUUAAUUAGUACUACUGAUUAAAAACCAGCCCCUGGUACACAAAGGUAAGUUGUCUGGGGUGUCCACAUUCUUUAGUCUGUCUCUGCUGUUCAGUUUUUUUUUUUUCAAACUCAAAAUAGUAGGAAAAACAUUUGUGGUGUCACUGGGACCCCUAAAACGAUACCAUAAAUGACCUUUUUCAUUGCAGCCGUUUUAAUACAGGUUUAAUUAAUAGUAAUAUUAAGGGCUGCACUCCAUUUAGCUUUCAUGAUUUCAGCGCCCUGCCACUGCGCAUGCUUGUUUUUACUGAUAACACCGCCAUUAUUGACUGAAUUAAUGUCACCUGAGAGUCAGAUAGACCUUUUUUCACAGCAGCCAUUUUGUCAUGAAAUAGUAAACACAGGUGUUUUGCAGUGAUGCUCAAAAUGGCUGCUGUGGAAAAAGACAAAAAGAAAACAUCCAACAUACCUUUUCUCAUUACGUUUUUUUUUUUCAAACUACUUUUAAGUUUAAGCACGAACAAGUCUUGAAUUUGGCUUUCUGAAACCUUCAGGUACUCUGUCAUCGUUGGCCUCCCUGUGAGCCGCCCCCCCACCUCUGUUUUUUUUGGACUGUGUGUUCAUUUUCACUCGCGUAUACUGGAGUACUCAUCAGUGGCUUUUUAAUUCUAGCAUCGUAUUGCACAGUCGUGUGGGAGUGCCUCUGUAUGCUGACUCGCAUCCAGUGUGAACGUCACUUUUUUUUGUGUCGUGCGUGUGAGUGUGUGUGGUUAGAGGGUGCGUAUGUAAUCAUUUCUAUUUUCAUAAAACUAUGCAUCCUAGAAUGUGACAUUUUUUGUGAAAGUAUGCGUGCCAUUUUAAAUAUUUAACUCUUCCUGUUUACAUCAACAAUAUAUUUAAGUUUGAAUUUUGUCGCUGCCUGUGCAGUGAUUCGAUAUGUAUAUUAUUUGUGUGUAAAUGCAGAUUUUGAUAUUUGAUGAGCCACUAGGCUUUUGGGGCACAUGUACAGUACGUGUAUAUAUGAUGUGUGAUGGAAAAUGAAUCAUGAAUCCAGUGCAAGUUUCUUUCCUCAGUACAAACUUUAUCCACAUGUAUUUUCACUCAGUUUCUGCUUAGAACUCACGUCAUACAUGACAUAGAUCAGUGCUGCAGUUCAGCUUGUCAUUCAUGGUCAUGAGUGAGAAGUCUGCAUCUUUAGAAGCCUAUAACCAACAAUGUCUAAUGUAAACGUUGUAAGAUAUUAUACAUGCUUUAGCGGUCGAACGCACUAUUUCACUAAUCCUGCGCUUGCAGCUUUUCACAGUCGAUGUCUUCAUGAACAUUUUCGUCUUUCUUUUAUAAAUCGGCUUCACAAACUGUUGCAGAUAUUAAUGCAGUCAAAAGUGCAUAGUUGAUUACAAGGAUAAUGUAUUUUAUUUGUAUAUAUAUAUCAGGACAUCGCUGUUAAACUUAGGGACUGUAUGAAAAUUUAAAUUGGGGUGUUAGGGUGCAAGUAUACGCCACCAGAGAGCUUGAUGGAUGGAAUACUUCCUAAAAACCUCUAAUGUCAGAAUUGUGGAGACGGUGUGCCACAGUUCCACAAGUCAUUUUCCCAGAACCGAGCCAGGGUUUGAUCCUCUCACUUUGAAGCUAUUUUACUAUCUUUCUUGGUUGUUUACAUAAAAAGUGACAGAACUUUUUUUUUUUCGUGAAUCAGCAAGUAUGACAUUAUAAAUGCCUUUCAGGAGAGCCGGUCUGAAAAUGUGCACCAUUAUCUCUUCCAUGACAUCCACUUGGAA